AUGAUGUUUUCAAAUGACGGAUUUCUCACUGACAAAACUUCAUCUUCAAAUUCGGGCCAAACACACGUAUUUACUUCGUUCCCAAACUCUGCUGUCGAUCCCGAUGACGAACAUUUCGGAAAUCAAUCAUCCGACACGGACAAACUUGUACUUCCAUUGCCAGCAACAGCAACUGACGCGAAACCCGAACAAUCAUACGUCUGGCAAAUAGAAUACUAUCAGAAAUACUUUCAAAUCGAUACUCAACAAGUAUUGGAACGUUUAGCGGCUUCCGUUACUCCACGCCCCAAUAAAUCCUAUUUUGAUUCGACCAUUCGACAAAAUCCUGAUUUGUAUGGACCGUUUUGGGUUUGCAUAACAUUUAUCGUGACUGUGGGAAUCAGUGGAAAUAUUGUUAAUUAUUUUCAUCUACCCGAUGUCGAAUUUCAAAUCGAUUUUUCACGAAUAACUCUUUCUGCAAUUCUUGUUUGUCUAUAUUGGUGGUUGAUGCCAACAUUUAUUUAUUUCUUCUUUCGAUGGCGUUUAAAUCCUAUAUUUAUUCCUGUAUCUGUUUUGUGGAUUAUUCCGAUUAAUUGGUUACAGUGGACGUUGACAUUCAUUGCAUCAUUAGUCAGUGGUAGUGUUCUAGUUGUAACGUUUUGGCCAACAAUUAAUUCGGAUCAUAAACGUCUCAGUGCCAUAUCGAUGUUGGUUGUUCUGUUAGCACAUCUACUCAUGGCAGUUUGUAUUAUGUUUGUGUUCUUCCAUAUUUCCGAUAGUAAUAUCAACCCGAAAUCAGUUACAACGCUCGCCACGACAACUCUAUCAUCAAUGUCAACAUUAACAGCAACAACAACAACAACAGCAACAAUAACACCGAAAACGGCUUAA